AUGGCCCUAGACGAAAGAUUUCGAGAACAGGGCCCAGAAGUUACAAGACAAUCACAAGGAUCUCGCCCAGAUCGUUACAAGAGUGCAAGUUGGGCCGGUCGCGUGCGUGGUUACGACAGGACUGGCCUCGAGACCCAAGAUGUUUCUGCCAAAACGUUGACGAACGACAAUCCUGAAGUAUUUGACCAUUCGGAGGAGGACCCGGCUUCGUGGAAAGCACAAUUUACACGGGAAGAAGACAUCAAGACAGACGACGUGGCAACGUUACUCCAUACUCUAAAGAUCGCCCAACCGGGUCAAAUUGCAGACAGCGAUCUUAGUAGCUGUUGGAUAACUGGGGACCACAUCUUCUUCGUGCUCAAGGGCAGACAGUUAUCAAUGCAUAUGGGCCACUUGAUAUCUCCCAGCUACAAGGGCGGUGACUCUGGGUGA